AUGCUCUACGAACUGGUAGCGGUGGUCCGCCCAGGCAAUCUCUCUCAUGUCAAAGAGAUUGCUCGAGUCGCUGGGCAGCAGAUUCUCGACAACAAAGGCGUAAUACGCGGCAUCAAGAACUGGGGCCAGUUCGACCUCCCUCGCCCCACGACCAAGCAUCAAACCCAGCACCACCAGGGACACUACUUUGUGAUGCAGUUCGAUGCGCCGGUCAAGGUCCAGCAAGAAGUCCGACGGAUGUUGAGUCUUGAUCCGCGUAUGAUUCGGCAUUCUGUGGUCAAGAUCGGCGAUAAGCUGGGUGGCGUGAAUGGCUCUAUCGAGGAAGUGACUGGCGAGAUACCGUGGAACUCGGCAUCGCAAAAUGCGGAUGGCUUGUCGGGCAGUCUUUUCGAACCCAAGUGGGUGAGAGGAUUCCCGCAGUGA